CUCGACCAUACAAAGAGCUUCGUGACCCCCGCUCGUAAAAGGCCCCUCUGGCAAAGCUCAAACCUCAGCAUUUCCGUCUCAACUUCUUGUUUUAUUAUUUUCCCUGACAGUGAUAAGCAACGACCGAUCGAAGUCAUCAUGGAUUCAUCGGCGCCCUUCAAUGGGUCACGGCCCAAAGACAUGUCUGAAUAUAUCGCCACAAAGUCACCCUAUUGUCCACUUCGGGACUAUCAAAUGCAACUCAUGUUUCUCGAAGAGCAGAACAAGAGACGUCUCAGGAUUGCCCGAGAAAAGCAAUUGUCAUCUCCUCAGUCUCAAGAGCGAGAUAAUGCACAUAACAUGAAUGUGGAAACUCAUUUAGACCAGCUCGCCCAGAAGUUGAGAGGACAGCCAUCGCUUGUGGAGUACCAAGCACAAUUAGACAUUCUGGAGCAGGAAAACCAAGAUCGGUUACACAAAACAUGUCAGGGACCAUCCGAGGAGCCACAGACACAGUUCUGCAAGACGGCAUGUGGGACCCUAGACGUCUCUGUCUCGCCACCUAGUUAUAAGCAUGGAUCUGUGGACCUCGAGGAAUACCAAAGUCCACAGUCGAAGCUAGAAUCAUCCCUGCAAAGGGAGCUAGAGCUGUCCAUGAUGUUACAAGACAUGCGCCAGGGACUGGAGGGAGACAUGAAGAAAGAAGAAGAAGAAGAAGAAGAGUUAAGUGAAGAGGAUACCCAAAAUCACGGAUCUAUUUAUCAACAGCCUCGGCCAAUUAAAGCACCAAACAUAAACACCACUAUGGUUCGCUCCCCUCACGACAUGAAUGGCUGGCCAAAUCAAAGCGAGUUGCCAGAUAUUUUCCCGAGUCAGCCAGCUGCACCAGAAGUGUCAUGCCAAAACAAGGUGGAAGCAGAUUUGCGGUCUCCUCACGACAUGAAUGCUCUACCUGAUCAAGAACUACCGCUAGUGGAUGAACCUGCACAGGCCAAACAGCCAGAAACACCCGUAGCUUCACGCGAUGUGAGCGUUGGCAUUCAUGCUCUGAGGCGUCAACCAGAGCUCCAUGAUCCCGACGUUAGGAAGCAAACAAGUCAGGCUGAGUAUCCCCAAUUUGCUCCUGCUUCCUUCGAGUACCCCGGCGUCGAUCCGACGUAUGCCCUUGAUCACCAAGACACGGGAGCUGCAUAUCCUCCUUAUUACGGAAAAGACGCUGUGGAACCACCGCCUCUCCAUUUCGCACCAGCCUCGUUUGAAUACUCUGGCCAAACCCUGGGAGACAUCUGCGAAAGCUGCGCCAAUAAACCAAACCCUCGCGAAGAUGGAAAUGCGUCUGAAAUGUCCCAGUCAGCCUCAGAUCAUGAACGCAAGAUGGUUGAGGACCUCAAGCGCGACGACCCGGACGCUACAGCGGAGUCGAUUGUCCAUAACCAUGAGGAGCGCAAGGCGGUCAGUAAAUCUAAACGAGACCACCCAGAAGCCGUCGCACAGGCGAGGAGGCGUAUCCGGCAACGGCAGUCCCGUAGCAUGAGCCCACCGCACAAUUUACGGGUCAUGCGGAUCCGGCGUCGGGCUGGCUGUCCAGGGAUUACGAGAGUGCCUUUCGCUUCUGCCGGGUCUCUCUCUGAACGAGAGCAAAAACACGAGACCGAGCCGGUGCUCACGGACAUGUCCUUACACGAGGGGGUAUCGCUGGCGAUAAGAUUGCGAAUGGAUUGAAUUGAAGGGCGUUGCUGAUGUAGUCGUUAUGGCACGCUUAGCCGUUCAUCCUUAUGGUGAAAGGCAUAUCUGUCGCUUCGAUCGAUUUAACAGGAUGAAGUACAGUUCGGGGGGUAUUCUAUUUGCUAACAGAUUGACGCAGCGGGAAUACAUUUAGGUUUAGGAAAGGCUAGGAACAAAAAUGUACAAGUGAAAUUGUACUGAGGGCUCUGGGAGAUUCCACACUGCGACGCACGAGUUGUCAUGGAAUGUUUUGAUGAACUGAAUGACUGCAAUCGGGGGUGGUUUUUCUUUUCCGAGACAGAAAGAUGUCAUGGAGAUGUUCUCGGAAAUGUGGGUAAACAGUCUAGUCGCGAAAUGCCAGAGCUGUUUUAAAUCAGA